GAUCUCAGAAUACAAGCCCUCAAUUUAGCACCAUGGUGCUAGGAGGGGCCUUCAGCAUCUUUAUGGCACUCUGUUUGUCUUGCCUGCUCAUCCUGAUUGCUUGGAAGCGGACCAGUAAGGGAGGAAAGCUGCCCCCCGGCCCCACACCAAUACCAUUUUUGGGAAACCUGUUACAAGUCCGAACUGAUGCCAUAUUUCAAUCCUUCCUGAAGCUCCAGAAAAAAUAUGGCUCUGUGUUCACCGUAUACUUCGGUCCAAGGCCAGUGGUUAUCUUAUGUGGACAUGAGGCAGUGAAGGAGGCCCUGGUGGAUCAGGCAGAUGACUUCAGUGGCCGUGGUGAAAUGCCAACACUAGAGAAGAACUUCCAAGGUUAUGGUUUAGCUCUGUCCAAUGGAGAACGAUGGAAGAUUCUUAGGCGGUUUUCCCUGACUGUCCUUCGAAACUUUGGGAUGGGGAAGCGGAGCAUUGAGGAGCGGAUCCAGGAGGAGGCUGGCUACCUACUGGAGGAACUCCAUAAGUUCAAGGGAGCUCCCAUAGAUCCCACCUUCUUCCUGAGCCGCACUGUGUCCAACAUCAUCUGUUCUGUCGUCUUCGGAAAACGCUUCGACUAUGAGGACCAGCAUUUCCAGAGCCUCAUGAAGAUGAUCAAUGAGAGCUUUGUGGAGAUGAGCAUGCCCUGGGCACAGUUAUAUGACAUGUACUGGAGAGUCAUGCAGUAUUUUCCAGGAAGGCACAACCACCUUUACAACUUAAUAGAAGAACUUAAGGACUUCAUUGCAUCCAGGGUCAAGAUCAAUGAAGCAUCUUUUGACCCCUCAAGCCCUAGGGACUUUAUCGACUGCUUUCUCAUCAAGAUGUACCAGGAUAAAAAUGACCCACACUCUGAAUUCAACCUCAAGAACUUGCAAAUACCAAGCAAGGACAGCAAACAUCAGAUUUUCUGUCUCCUUUUCUGGUAUAUUUUCUGCCAUCUUACAGCCAAGAUCCAGGAGGAGAUUAACCAGGUGAUUGGAACGCACCGUAUCCCAAGAGUGGAUGACCGGGCCAAGAUGCCCUACACUGAUGCUGUCAUCCAUGAGAUACAGAGACUGACAGAUAUUGUGCCCCUUGGUGCCCCCCAUAAUGUCAUACGGGACACUCAUUUCCGAGGCUACUUUCUACCCAAGGGUACAGAUGUGUAUCCCCUGAUUGGUUCGGUCCUCAGAGAUCCCAAAUACUUCCGCUACCCAGAUGCUUUUUAUCCUCAACACUUCCUGGAUGAACAGGGGCAUUUCAAGAAAAAUGAUGCCUUUGUGGUCUUUUCCUCUGGAAAGCGCAUCUGUGUUGGGGAAGCCCUGGCCCGCAUAGAACUCUUCCUUUACUUCACCUCCAUCCUUCAGAGGUUCUCCUUACGUUCUCUGGUGCCUCCUGAUGAUAUUGACAUCGCUCACAAAAUCUCAGGCUUUGGCAACAUCCCCCCAACUUAUGAGCUCUGUUUCAUGGCCCGCUGAGUGCCCACGGCGAGGCCAGCCAAGAGUCACCUGAGACCCGAGCUCUGCUGGAGUUCACGCACACCCCACCUCCCUUCAUCCCCCCUACAUAAUCUUUUAUCUUUGCCCUGAUAUUGACCAGAAUGUACUCUGAAAUUCUUUCCUGUUUGCUUUUAUUUCUCCUCCCCAAUAAAGAACUCAAAGAGUGUUGACCAUA